AUGUUUGCCAAAGAGCCUCAUAUUAAGCCUUUGUCGAAUCUCAAAAACAGUGACCGCAAGAAGUUACAAUCGACCAUUAAAAGACAGAUUAAUGAGGAAUACAAUUUGCCAACAGCUGUUAUCAAACAAACGAGUUUUCAAGUAGCAAAUGUUGCUGGCUCCAUUUACACCGAUGAGAGUAAUAAGCCAAUCUGGUUUAAAACAAAGUUUGAGGAUCAAUUGUAUCCUACUAUCUUCUCAUUAUGGAAUCUUCAAAUGCAGUUACUUCCGAUCAUCUUAACUCAUGACUUUGUCAUUGAAAAACACAUCCUAGGAGGUGCCCAAUUGAUGUUACCUGGCACAGUUCCUCCAUUUCCUUCAAACGUGAAAAGAGGCUCAAUUGUUGGGAUUGCAUCUACAAAGGACCCAUUAUUAGUAAAAGCUAUUGGUAUCGCAGAAAUGGAUCUCUGCGGAAUAUCACACGUUAUUGGAACAAAAGGUAUUGCCGUGAGGGUUGUUCAUUACCUUGAUGAUGGAUUAUUCAAAGCUUUCAAGUUGGAAUUGGAACCACCAGCUGUCGUGUAUAACAGCGAACCCAUUGAAACAACAGCAAUAGAAACACAGACUAGCAAAUAUGGUGAACAGCUUGAUGAGGAGAGCAAUCACUUAGAAAGAAGCAGCAGUCAGUCACCUGUGAAUGAAAUUGCAGAUGAGCUAGAAGAAAUGAGCAUUGAAGACGUCGAUCACAUGUUGAUGCGCGCAGUUAAGUAUUCUAUUAAAUUUGACGACAAGAUCACAUUGCCUAUUGUCGCGUCUACCUUCAUUUCUAACCAUGUAAUGAAGAACUUGCCCGAUGUUGAUACCAAUAUGGUGAAUAUCAAGAAGUCUUCCUGGAAGAAGGCAACUAAACUCCUUAAAUAUUUGGAAGACGAAGGAUUCUUGAAGCUAAAGGGCAAGAAUGACAGUUGCACCGUUAUCUCGCUAAACAAGAAUCAUAAGGAUUUAACAAACAUGGAAGCCUACAAGACCUUGGCAACUAUUGCUAAGAAAUCCUCAGGUGAUACUACAAACCAAUCAAAUAAAAACAAGAUAACAGCAUAUUCUGGUGAAAAUCUUUAUAAACCAAUGAGCGCAUGCCAAAGAUUCAUUACCGGAAUAACCGCCGAUGUCCCACAGAGUUACUACACUCAACAAGAGUUAAAAAAGCUUCUAGAUUUGUAUGUCGCCAAUAACAAUCUAAUAGAUCCGGAGAACAAAUCUCUUGUCAAAUAUGAUGAUACGCUUUAUCAAAUGUCUAACAGAGCUCCCCAAAAUGGUGGAAUACAGAAAAUUGCAAGAGGGCUAAUAGUUUCGCCCACUUUCCUCUCAAAAAACUUCAACACCUACCACCAAAUCUACAAGCCUAAUGGUGAACCGCUUCUCAAAGUACCAGAGAAGGGACCCAUCCCAACUCUUGAAAUUGUCACGGAGAAGAAAAUUGGUAGGAAGGUCAUCACAAGAGUCACUAAUUUUGAAAAGUUUAAAAUUGACUCUGAAGAAUUAGCUGCUGCAUUAAGAAAGAAGUGCAGCGGAUCCACCACCAUUGGUGAGUCUAAAUCGACGAAAACUGCUGAAGUCCAGGUUCAGGGUCCACACGGUUCAAUCGUAAUCUCUAUUUUGAAUGACUACGGUAUUCCUACUAAAUGGAUUUCGUUUGAAAAUAAAGUCAAACCAAAACAAAAGAAGAAGCUGUAA